AUUCGGGCAGCGGCUGCCGCAGCGCAACAAGCGGAAUGGCAGCGGGCGAGGGCGGGGCCGAGGCGGUGCCCCCGCCCUCCCCCUCCCAGCCGGGCCCCCUUCCGGGCCCCGAGCGCGCCUUGGAGGAAGCGGCGGCCUCGGGCAGCCUGACCCUGGCAGGGCGGCGGCUGAGGCACUUCCCCGGAGGAGCCGCACGGCGCUGGGACCUCAGCGACACCACGCAAGCCGACCUGUCCCGGAACCGCUUUGCUGAGGUGCCCGAAGAUGCGUGCCACCUGAUGUCCUUGGAAGGGCUGAGCCUGUACCACAAUUGCCUACGCAGCAUUCCUGCUACCAUUGCCAACCUCCAAGCCCUCACCUACCUGAAUGUCAGCCGGAACCAGCUCACCUCCCUGCCCUCCUGCCUCUGCCGCCUGCCCCUCAAAGUCCUCAUCGCCAGCAAUAACAAGCUGGUCUCCCUGCCCGAAGACAUCGGUGCCCUCAGAAGCCUGCGCCAACUGGACGUCAGCAGCAACGAGUUGCAGUCUCUCCCAGCCAGCAUGGGGGGCCUGGAGUCUCUUCGGGACCUCAACAUCCGGAGGAACCAAAUUGCCAUCCUGCCUGAAGAGCUGGCUGAGCUGCCCCUUGUGUGUCUGGACUUUUCCUGCAACCGUGUCACUUGCAUUCCUGUCUGCUACCGCCACCUCCGGCACCUGCAGUCCAUCCUUCUGGAGAACAACCCCUUGCAGUCCCCCCCAGCACAGAUUUGCCUGAAAGGCAAAAUCCACAUCUUCAAAUACCUGAAUAUUGAGGCCUGCAGCAAGGGCCGGGUGGACCUGGCAGAAUUCGCCCGAGGGAGCCGCCCCACUGGCUUUGGAACCUGCCUCCCAGAUGAUUUGUACUCCAUGCGGCAGUAUGGCGGCCUGGACUCGGGCUUCAACAGCGUGGACAGUGGAAGCAAACGGUGGUCGGGGAACGAGUCUGCAGAUGAGUUCUCAGACCUCUCCUUCCGCAUCGCUGAGCUGGCCCGGGACCCCAAGCAGCUGAAGAGGAAGAGCAAUGGGGCAGCUGAUGCCAGUGACCUGGAUCAGGUGGACUACAUUGACAGCAGCAUUAACGGCGAGGAAGAAGAGGAGGAGGCAACAGUGGUGACUGAGGGCAAGUUGGAGAGCGGGGCUGGGAGAAGCGCAUUCCUCAGAGUGAUGGAGCCCGGUCUGACCAGCAGGGCCAGCCUGCCCCGGCCAGAGCCAUUUGGUGAGGAGCGCCGGCGCCCAGAGAUCUUUCAGCUGUGGCAGGAACAGGAGCGGCAGCAGCCACCACCGCGGCCUCUGUGGAGCCAAGGAGCCGAGAAGCGUGAGAGCAACAGUCUAACAGAGAGUAGCAGCAGCCUCUCCCAGCUGAGGUAUCGAAUGGGCAAGGGAGAACAGCUGGCUGGUUCCCUCAGGCAGAGCCCCUUGCACUAUGCAGAUCCUUACCACCCACAGAGUUCCAUGGUGGGCGCCAACUCUUUGGCCCGUGAGACCAACUCCAUGCAGAAACCUUCCAGCUUCCUUUUCCGCUCCUCCUCACGUCACAGCAUCCAGCGGGGAGGCUCUGGCUCCCCCUCUCCUGAUCUCUCCUCUUCCUCUGAGCUCAACAGUCCCUGGAGGUUGAGGCCUGGGUCGCAGGCACUGGAUGAGAGAGGACUGAUGCUUCAGCUGCACAAGGCGAUUGAGUCUCGGCUGAACAUCAUGCUAGCUGAGGAUCUGGGUGAGGCGUUGGCCAAUGGGGUCGUCCUCUGCCAGCUAGUGAACCAUCUGCACCCGCGAUCCAUUCCCUUCAUCCAUGUGCCCUCUCCUGCUGUGCCAAAGCUGAAUGCUGUAAAAAGUCGGAAGAACGUGGAGAACUUCUUGGCCGCCUGCCACCAGUUGGGAGUUCCGGAGGUCUCUCUCUGUUCUGCCUCUGACCUCUUGCAAGGCAACGUUCGUGGGUUCCUCCGCCUCCUGGAGGCCCUGCUGCUCCUGCAUCCCCCCGCGGGGAAGCCCCUCGCCCCGGCCGCCCUCUCGGAACACCUGGCCGGCUUUGGCGUCUUCUAUGUCUUCGUCAUGCUGCUCCUGUAUCUGGCCUAUUGCAAGCUCUGUGGCUGCUGAGGGGGUGGGGGGGGGGCAGAUAGCUGGAGGGCCAGCUGCCUGGUGGGGUUCGGUCAUCCUGGGCAGAGGUCCCAAUCUGGUCAGGGCCUCUGCAUUUUUAGUUGGUGGGUGUCCCUCCUCCUCCUGGCCCUGGCCUCCUUGUGAGGCCGUUUGGCAAAGACUCAUAAUUCAGGGGGCAGGAGGAAGGUUGGGGUGGGCCAGUCAGGAAUAGGGCUGGGUGAGAGGGUUGCUGCUUUGGGCAGGGCAUGUGCCUUUUUCAAGCCAGCAGCCCUAGAAAUGCUCCCUUUCUCCCACUGGAAACAAGCCCCAAGCAAAUGGGGAUCGCAAAAGGACAGGUCGCAAAAAGGAUGGUCCCUUGCUUGGAGCAGCUCCAGAGCUGGGGAAAGGCGCUUUCUUAGACUAUAGCUCCCAGCAUCCUCCAGCCAUCAAGGGUUAUGGGGAGUUGUAGUCCAAAAAAGCAAUGUCCACAUUUUGAGUCCAGGAUGCCCUUUCCUGCUGCCUUCCCAGCCGCCUGCUUCCAAGCAUUCCCUUCCCUGGUUGUAUCUGUGCCUUGUUCCCUUAGUGAAAGUGUUUGGACACUAAACUUCAUUUUGGACACUAGAAAUAGUUCUGCCUGGCAAGAAGCCACAGUCUCCCCACAGCCACUUCUGUGCACUUAUACCGUGUUGCACUAAUUCACGAGUGCCUGCCGAGGGGAACACAGGCACACACGCACACCAAGUUGUUUUGGUGGGGGAAACCCCACGCGGUGCGUCUCAAACCCUUCAUGUCUCAGGGCAGCUGCGCUCCUGACUUGGCGGCACUUGAAGCCUCAGGCCGCUUCUCCCCAACCGAGGGAUAGAGGACAGGACGUCCUUUGCACCUUGGGCAUCCCCCCAGGCCCCGUGUUCUGACUUUAAGAAACACUAAGCCAAAGGCACUCCCUCCCACCCCUUCCCCACACCCCAAAAGACUGGCGGGGAGGUCUCCCCAGAGCUUCCUUGGCAUGGGGGUCCUUCCCAUCUCCCCUCAGCUGCCCCCGAGCCCCCUGUCCACUGGCCUUUUGGGCAGGUGGGGGGCCCCCUGCAGCCUCCCUAGGAAUCCCUUCUCCGUUCGGUUGCUGCGCCUGCCAUCCCUUUAGGCCCAGCCCUAAUGCCACUGCCUGGGAAGCUUAAUUUUGGAAACUUCCAGAGGGGCUUUGAUGCUUGGAAGUCUCUUCCUUCCCUGGGUGCUGAGGGCCUGACCUUACCUUAACUGUAUGGUUUGGAGAGGGCCAAAGUGAGGGAGGAAGCAGAGGAGGAAGAGGGCACUCGCUCAUCUGUGCAAAAGCCUCCAGCUCUGCUUUGUCAGGCGUACUUCAGCGCAGAUGGCCUUGCAACCCACAGAUUAAACGGAGAUACCUUAAUAGCGCAAGGAGCAAGCGGACCCAAGAUCCAGCCCUUUGAGUCUCUCCGUUUGCUGCCUUAAAUAUAUUAAAUUAUACAUACAUACAUAUAUAUAUAUACAUAUAUUUUAUAUUAUAUAUAUAUAUAUAUAUAUUUGAAAAGAAGAAAAUAUAGACUAUUGUAAAGAUAUUUGCCUUUUUACGCAUGUACAAUUUUGUAAAUAUUCUGUGCGCUAUUUAUCCUUUUCCUCCUCGUCGGAUGGAAUUGUUUUUAAAAGGGCUCCAGUUCUUUCCUUCAUUUAUGAUUAUUUGUUUGGCUGUAAAUUCACUUUUGUGUGUUUUGUGUGUAUAGCCUGUGUUUGGUUUUUCCCUGCCCUUGGCUCACUUCUGUAUGUUGAAAAACGUGGAGAUAUGAAUUUCCACCUAAAAAGACAA